CUGUGUGUAUGAAGCGUACUGUGGGCGUCGGCGUGGUGUGAUGGGAGUGUACUAGGCGGAAUCACGUGAGUCACGUGCUUACAUCACUUGGCAAUCACUUCCAUCACCGGGGGCAACGUUAACGUCACUACUAUUGUUUGUCGAGGCGAGUUGAGUAAAUAUUGGCACGAUGCCUGAUUUUGUAAGACAAAUGCUUGUCGUCACGUCAUUUUCUUGUGACCUAAGAACAACAACACUGAGAGAAGUGACAAGUAGGAGGGCACUGUCACAUGUACUGUACGACGAUUGGCAGUAGCAGAUCACGUGAUCAUGUAAAUUACUGACACUUACAACUGAGUCACGUGAGAAGUGGAGUCGCGUGACUCGAAGUCAGCUCACCCACGAAUUAUAAUACAAUUUGCGACACAUAUCUGCAAGAUUCAUGUUUAUAAAUAUGUAAAUAAUAUAGACUUAGUCACUAGUUCAGUACGUGUGAGCAUUUGCGUCAAAAUCAGCUCGCGUACAGUACAUCACAAGUGAGUGUGAAACCGCGAGGCUAAAUUCAGCACACAGUUUUCCUUUUCCGAUGCUCCAAACAAUAACAGUGAAAUCGUGGUUGUUGGUAUGAACAUCCGGGCUGCUAGUACGUCAAAAAACCGGAAGUUAGCAGGAUGGAUUUCUUACCACGGCUCUGGUUGCUGCUAGUCAGCUGCUGGCAAGUAACCCUAGCAUCAAAUCGUUGUCCUACUGUUGUGGGCAACAGAUACUCGCAAGCAGGCAAGGAUUUAUUUGACGUUGGAAAGUACAUAGAGGCAAUAGAAUGCCUGGAGAUGGCUGUAGAGAGAGCUGCAGUACCUCAAAGUUUUACAAACUUAGCUGCUGCUCAAAUGGAAGCCAAAUUAUAUGAAAGCUGUGAAAAGAGCUGCAUGAAAGCUCUAGAAGUAAAUCCCAAAUACAUUCCUGCGAUCGAGGCUUUGUCAGCUCUCUAUCAACGACAAGGAAGACACAUGGAUGCACUGGCUUAUGACCACAAAGCGUUUAAAUACUCGCUAACAAACGUAGAGCCACUCAUUCGAAUGGCCGAAGACUUACACGAACUUGGGAGAUACAGCAGGAGUAUGUUAUACAUAGACAAAGCUUUGCAGAUGGAUUCUAAGUCAUUGGCAGCAAACGCAAGAAAGGCGAUCGCUUUGUUUGAAGAGAGUCAAUUUGUUAAGGCAGCAAACUUGGCACACGAAGUGUUGGAGAAUAAUCCCAGCGAUAACCAACAAGAAGGAAUUGUUCAACGGAUUCUUCUUGCGUCGCUUCUCAAAACCGGGAGAGCAGACUUGGCAGUCGUGCAUUCAUCGCGAUGGCUCAGCACAACAGCCAGCUCUCAGGAUGUCAAUUGUGCACUGAUGAACAUUCAGAGACUGAUUAAUGCAUUUGAUCGCGAAAAGGACCACAGGGUAGGAGUCCGGCUGCUGUUUUUAUCUCUUCUAGAGAAGCGUGUAACCCAGCUCGGCAGAUUUCACUACAUCUGCUCACCACACAUGUUUUUCUAUCUACCAGCCACACAAGAGCAGAGGACUGCAAUGGCAAAAUUUGUGUCUGCAAGCCACCCGAGCGUGUUGACAUCUUCCAGGCAGUCAUAUCAACGACUGUUUGAAAGGUUUCCUAUAAAGUACAAGCAUUUGAAUGGGAGUCGAUUGAGAGUUGGAAUCAUUGGAUCAUGUUUUCAUAGAAAACAUGCUUUGGCUCUCUUCUUGUUGAGGAUUGUAACAAAAUUUUUGGACAACAAUGAUCGAGUAGUUGAUAUCUACUUGUAUGCAGUGAACCAGCAACGAGAUGUUUUAACGGAUAUGUUUAUAUCAAUGGUAGAAGACCGGUUUCGUAACGAAUCGGGCAUCGAUGCUGAACAUAUUGCACACGACAUCUUCAAAGACAAUAUUCACGUUCUCGUUGACGUCGCAGGCUUUUCAAACACUUUGAUUCAACGCACUCUAGCUAUAAAACCCGCUCCAGUUCAAAUAGGAUAUCUCGCAUUUCCUGGCACUUCUGGCUCCGACUACAUGGAUUACUUUAUCUGUGAUCCGAUUGCCUGUGAGAGGGAUGACGACUUUACUGAAUUGCUUAUCAAUCUUCCACACACAGUUGUCCCACCCAUACGAGAAGUAAACGACGGUGAUCCUGGAAAUGAUCACAACGUAUUGUCCAAGGAAAAGAUGAAAAUUGCUCCAAGAAACUUUGUCUUCUGUUCUUUAGCUUUGAGUUCGUAUGUUGACAGGCCAACAAUGAAGCUGUGGAGUUCCAUUCUACAGCAGACACCAAACUCUGUUUUGUGGAUUGUUUUGUAUUCUAACUCAAGUGAGCCCACAGUGCUUGCAGAAGCCGAGAAACUCGGCAUAAAGCAACGACUGAGAUUGACACUGGACUUAACAUACGCACAGAUGAAGAGAUAUGCUCCUGGCAUCUGUGACCUCUAUCUGGACACGCCUCUCUAUAAUGACUACUUGAGGGUCGCAAUGGCGUUGAACUUUGGAAUCCCUGUGCUGACGAUUCGUGGUGACUCGAUGACAACGCGACUGACAACGAGCAUGCUUUUUAGUGCUGGAGUAGAGAAGGAACUAGCCGCUCUGAACAAACAGAAAUACAUCGAGGGUGCAAUGUAUUACUACAAAUGGCCAAAUCGAUUGACACAGCUGCGCAAGAAGUUGGCCGAUCACAAGAAAAACCGAGACGUCCCUCUGUUCAAUGCUCAAGUCCAUUACAUCACUCUCACUUACGCGUUCGUCAGGGCACAUGAAAAGUACAUAAAGGGCAGGAAACGAAAGUUUUACAUCGAGGUGACUGACCACGAGGACUACAACACAAACAAGCAACAUAUCAGAAUCAUACGAAAAGGGUAGCCGAUC